AUAAUAAGUACCUACGUCUUGCCAACUGACUGACUUGGGUUCUCUCACCAACAACAAUGACAGCUCUCAAGGCUCAACGUCGCCCCGCCAAGUAAGCUAGAUCACUAGAUGCCCUCCAAGCCCCCUCUCUCUUCUCUCUUUCUCCCUGAUACCGCGUCGCAAUAGCGUUCCUGUUUCAACACCACGUCCCUUCAAACAUACCGCACACCCACUACCACCCUAGACACCUGACCCGUGUACAUAACCCACAGAACAUAGGCUUUCCAUCUAGCACUAGCAUCCAUCCUUAACCCACCCCGAGGCAUCCACCCCGUUGAAAUGGUCUCGGGGAUAUGAUCGUGAUAGAUGGACCAACAGCCAGAGGUGGAAAUCUUAGUCCAUAUUGAAGCGCCAAGCAGGGCAGCUGACGAUGUUUGGUACCGGUCCCUCGCCACAUCAUACCGAGACUUCGAGUCGACGGCCCGGCUUGAUCUGGAUCAACUCAGUAUCAGCGACCUACAGAACCGCCCCAUAGGCCAACCAAGUCUGCACACCCAGAGUCAGGGGAGCACUUUUUCCAGCCAGCAGCUAACCGGACCCCUGGGUUCGCUAACAUCACCGCAGGCUUCGUUCCGGAGUGCCAUUGACAAUGCAGGCUCACCCCGCGUCCCCACUGGUCGCAUCCCUGGAGCCGAUUCCGUCGGUGUUGGGAGCGCCCCGAUGCCGACAAUGACACAGUCGUCGUGGCAAACGCCCUCGAGUCUAGUAGAGGACUCGUGCCUGGGAAAUAGAAUCAAUUUGGCUGUUUUGUCCACGCCUACCAGAGUUCUGGAGCACUACCUCCAAUCCUUCGGCUCGCCCUCCGAGUCUUCCAAGGGCCCUUCCCAACCCGAGGCCCAUCGUCCUGCUCCGGGCAACCCUACCGAGAAUCCCAACCAUCGUAACCCGAUACGCAGACCCACUCCGGCAGUCGUCGGCACACCGCCGCUGUCAGUCGUGCCGUGCACGCCGCAGCGCGAUCCCUCCCCCGAACUAGGCAGGCCGGUUGAGACAGACCUUGCGGGGGAGCCACCAGGGGAGUCCGCACCGGAACCCCUGCAGAUCCCCCAAUCUCAGGGUGAAGUAACGAGUGAUAAUGUCGUCGAAGAAACUAUAUUAGUAGAUUCGUCGGACCCAGCCUCCGCCGCCGCCGAGGCCAGCUCGGAGCCGCCCCCGGCCGGACAGCAGGAGCCCGGUCCGGCGGCGGCCACGAGCCCGCGGGCCCUGAGCAGGGCGGCGAGCGACGCCGGGUCGAGGGUGUCCUUCCACCAGCAGUCCGCCAUCACCGUCAGCUUCCUGAGCGCCCACGGGUACACGUACGACAGCCUCGAGCUCCACGCGCCGCCGCCGCCGACGUCGGCCGCGGAGCUGGGCGCGGACAGCUUCGUCACGCCGGCGCUGGCGAAACUGGCGAGGGACCUGGACGUCGCGAGGCGGUACCGGCCCGCCCGCCAGUGCAGGGCGCUGCGCCCGUUCGAGCGCGGCCACUGGCGCCUCGACUGCUCCGCCUGGGAGCCCCAGCUCAAGCGCGAUGCCUGGGCCUACCUCGCCAACUACGUCGCCGCCGGCACCGCCGGGUGGGGCGUCUGGUGCGCGCGGGACCCCGCGUUCAGCUCGCUCCGGGUCUACUGCUGGGGCGCCGUGGCGGCCCACAUCUACCUGCUGCUCUACCUGGCGAGCCAGCGCAGGAUCCUGCUCACCGGUGGCACGUGGGUGGAUGGGGAAGGAGUGGCUGUCGUCAUCACGGAGGCCAGGGCCUAGCGGCACUAGAAGGAGGUGUUACGUGCGAGCUCGGCAGGUAUAUCGACAUUGGAGAGUGGGGUAUUAUUACUUCGAUGAACGCCGCGCCGCGUGCAGUCGAUACGUGAUCGACACGACCAUCUCGAAGAAGAACCAGCGUUUGUUGGUUACCAGCCCCUGCGUUGUAGGCUCUGCACCUGGCCUCCAACCUCGGCGGACCUGGUCGGCAAGGAAAUGUGACUAAGCAUUGCACGACAGGGGAACUACAAGUACAAGAGAUAAUCAAGCGUUCAAGCCUCACUGGGGUUUCAUAACAGGUCAUCCAUAACUAGGGGGGUGUAAUGAAAUAUUGAGACUGCCCGGCCUAUUUCUCAACCGAAUCCAUGACCCGCGCAUCUGCGAGCCACAUUAUCGACCCCCGAGCAAGUAGUGAUCCUUGACAGA